ACAUGCAAACAUAAAAUGGAUAAAAGAUGGAGUCUUCAAGGUAUGACUGCCCUUGUAACUGGUGGAGCCAGUGGAAUCGGCCAUGCAAUAGUAGAGGAAUUAGCCAGUUUUGGGGCCAAAAUCCAUGUAUGUGACAUAUCCAAAACUCUUCUCAAUCAAAGUUUAUCCGAAUGGGAGAGUAAAGGGUUUCAAGUGAGUGGUUCGGUCUGUGAUGCAUCCAUUGGUACCGAGAGAGAAACACUUAUGCAAACGGUUGCUACGAUAUUCGACGGCAAGCUUAACAUUCUUGUAAACAACGUUGGCACAGUUCGCACAAAGCCAACAAUAGAAUAUGUGGCAGAAGAUUUCUCGUUCCAUAUUUCAACAAAUUUGGAAUCUGCUUAUCAUCUAAGCCAACUCUCACAUCCUCUUCUAAAGGCUUCAGGCUGUGGAAGUAUCGUCUUUAUAUCUUCUAUUGCAGGGAUAGUAUCAUUUGAUGCUGCAUCCCUUUAUGGUCUCACGAAAGGGGCUUUGAAUCAACUAGCAAGAAAUUUGGCUUGUGAAUGGGCAAAAGAUGGCAUAACGGCAAACGCUGUUGCUCCUAACUUUAUCCGCACUUCAUUGACUCAAUCUUUUCUCGAAGAUGCCGGUUUCAACGAGAGUUUGUCCAGUAAAACUCCACUUGGUCGUGCGGGAGAACCAAGAGAGGUUGCAUCACUUGUGGCUUUUCUGUGUCUACCUGCAGCUUCAUAUAUUACUGGUCAGACCAUUUGUGUUGAUGGAGGUCUUACAGUUAGUGGCUUCUCCUAUCAGCCACCACAGGCUUGAGAGCAGUUGAGCCGAGUCUUGUCCUUUGGUUUGGUCUCAUCAAGAACGUCCAACGAUAUAUUCUCAUGUAUCAUAUUUUAUCGAAGUAAGAACUUGUCUUUUUGACUCGAGAGGAAAAAGUAUUUUGCUCUAGAAAUAAUUACAUGAGAUCAAAAAUAUGAACACAAAGAUAGUUACUAUUA